AUGCGCAGUAUGUGCACUUCCUAUUAUUAUUGAAUAGUAUUUGUGCAUCUCCAUGUAGCCGGGAAUUAUUGUAUUAUUUACCUCUGUUCACAUCUCGUUACUUCAUGCUUACUUUCCUUUUCUCCGCCAUUUUCUGCGCCGCGUACCUGUCUCCGAUCAUCAGUCAUGUUAAAGGCAGAGACUUUACUGAGCAGGAAAUGUCUCAUUACAGGGACAGAGUAAAGUCCAUGUUUUAUCAUGCUUAUAACAGCUAUCUGGAAAAUGCAUAUCCAUAUGAUGAGCUGAGGCCACUGACCUGUGAUGGACAGGACACAUGGGGCAGUUUCUCCCUCACACUCAUAGAUGCUCUGGACACAUUGCUGAUUCUAGGAAACCACACAGAGUUUCAGCGUGUGGCCACUCUGCUUCAGGACACUGUUGACUUCGACAUUGACGUCAAUGCAUCUGUGUUUGAGACAAAUAUACGAGUGGUCGGUGGGCUUCUCUCGGCUCAUCUGCUCUCCAAGCGUGCUGGGAUGAAGGUGGAGGAGGGCUGGCCCUGCUCUGGACCCCUUCUGCGCAUGGCAGAGGACGCGGCUCGAAAACUGCUUCCUGCUUUCCAGACACCCACAGGGAUGCCGUAUGGCACAGUAAACCUGCUGCGCGGAGUGAACCCCGGCGAAACCCCGGUCACCUGCACCGCCGGAGUGGGCACCUUCAUCCUAGAGUUUUCCACCCUCAGCCGACUCACCGGUGACCCUGUGUUUGAGAACGUGGCCCGCAAAGCUCUCAGGGCUUUAUGGAGAACGCGCUCAGACAUAGGCUUGGUGGGCAACCACAUAGAUGUCAUAACGUCAAAGUGGGUCGCUCAGGACGCAGGGAUUGGAGCAGGAGUUGAUUCAUACUUCGAAUAUCUUGUAAAGGGUGCCAUCAUGCUUCAAGAUGAGGAACUGCUGACAAUGUUUCACGAAUUUGAUAAGUCCAUAAAGAACUACACUAAGUUUGAUGAUUGGUAUCUGUGGGUGCAGAUGCAUAAAGGAACAGUAUCAAUGCCUGUGUUUCAGUCUCUGGAGGCGUUCUGGCCCGGAAUGCAGAGUUUAAUAGGUGAUAUUUCCAGUGCCACAAAGAGCUUCCACAACUACUACAGCGUGUGGCGGCAGUUUGGAGGUCUCCCAGAAUUCUACAGCAUUCCUCAAGGUUACACAGUGGACAAGCGAGAGGGAUACCCACUGCGGCCAGAGUUAAUAGAGAGCGCCAUGUAUCUGUAUAAGGCCACCGGAGACCCUUCAUUUAUCCAGCUUGGCCGAGAUGCAGUGGAGUCCAUUGACAGAAUCAGCCGGGUCACCUGUGGUUUUGCCACUGUGAAGGAUGUAAGGGACCACAAGUUGGACAACCGCAUGGAAUCCUUCUUCCUAGCCGAGACCAUUAAAUACCUCUACCUCCUCUUCGAUCCUGACAACUUCCUUCACAACACUGGCACAGAGUUUGAGCUGGGGGGUCUGCGGGGUGACUGUAUCCUCAGCGCGGGGGGCUAUGUGUUCAACACGGAGGCUCAUCCGCUGGACCCCGCUGCGCUCCACUGUUGCAGCCGAGAGCAGCAGGAGCGCAGGGAGAUUCAGGACAUCCUCCUUAGCUUCUCGCAGCCACAAACAGUGGAGCCGUCCCAGGACCAGAGAGCAGAUGGCUCUUCAGAGAGCAUUGCACUCAAGUCAGGAGAGCGGAGAAAAGCCCCGGUGCUCUCCUGUCCCACGCAGCCCUUCAGUGCCAAACUAGCUGUCAUGGGUCAGGUCUUCUCAGACAACUCUUGAACAGACUCUCCUACCGCGUGUAAAGAUGUAGAUUUACCUUUGUAAUUUAACUUUGGAGAGAUUAAAUGUUUUCUAAAUAUGUGUGGAGUUUUUUCCACUCUUUUUAUUAAAAAAAGAAAAGUAUUAGACAAAA